AGCGCGGAGCUACAAUUUUGCCGUAGCAAGAAGUAGUUUGGAAAUGUAAAAGCACCUUAUUAAAGAGACCACAGGAAGACGAGGAAAUCCCCCUCCCUCCAUGCUCCAUCGACCCAGCCAAGAUGCGUAACAUGGCUACUAGCGCCUCACCUAGAGGCGUCGCUGCUAUCGUCGGCGUCGGCCCCAAGCUUGGCCGCUCUAUUGCCCGCAAAUUUGCUCACGAAGGAUACACUGUCGCCAUACUCGCCCGAGACCUAGGGAGAUUGUCAAGAUUCGCGGACGAGAUAGCGAGAGAAGAGAAAGCCCAAGUAUUCGCGAUCCGCAUCGACUGCUCCGACUCUCGGAGCAUUAGGGAGGCGUUCGAGGGGGUUCUAUCUCUUGGUUUCGUCGAAGUUUUGGUCUACAACGCAUUCCAGCCAGUCUCAUGGCAUCCAACCAGCUUCGCCGAUGUCCGCAUCGAAUCCUUCGAGAAAUCUCUUGCCGUCUGUACAGUCGGUGCUUGCCACUGCGCCCAACAGGUUCUCCCGGGCAUGGUUGAUAGGGGGAAAGGAACUAUUCUCUUCACCGGCUGCUCCGCUUCUCUAAAUGGCAUUGCUGGUCACUCUGAAUUAAGCUGUGGAAAAUUCGCCCUGAGAGGUCUUUCGCAAUGCCUGGCAAGAGAGUUCCAACCGUUAGGCAUCCAUGUGGCUCACGUUAUCAUCGAUGGCGUUGUCGGCCCACCUAGAUCACCAUCGGCUUCUCAUAGUCAUAGAUCGUUGGUUGGGGAGCAACAAGGGGGAGGAGAUGGGUCCAUGGACCCAGACGCUUUGGCUCAGACGUACUGGCACUUGCACGUCCAGGACCGGACGGCUUGGACCCAAGAGAUCGACCUUCGCUCUUCCAACAACAGAUAUUUCUGAUUCUUGUUUCUCUUAUAUGCUUAAUUAUAUAAAUUGCAUGUUAGUGCUUCCCCGUCAGCUUUUUGUGUGUGUUUUCAUUCUGGGUAUAUAAGCAAACCACAAACGCUUCACUUUUGUUUUGAUUAGUUUCAUAAUUCCACAAUUCUAUGUGAUCAGUGUUGGGUUGGGCUUGUUUCA